CUUAAGAGAGGGCAGUACGAGAACGCGAUAGUGAGCGCGCUCGCUGUAAUAGGCAUCCGGGCCGACGGUGGCUGGAUGGAUAUUACCGACUAUACAACAAAGUAUUUGGCGAUCAUUAAAGUAGCACGUAUGUUAGUCAGGCAAUACGAUGUCGCUCGUCAGGCCGCUACGACGGACGAGGGGGCGGCCGAUGAUGGCAUAGAGAGUCUCUUUGUCUACGUCCGUCGCAUGGUACAGAGGUUCAUGACGCGUACGCCCGGGGCCCCCCAAGCCGAGCCAACACCGAUGGAUUGGAUUCUCGAGACGCGGACGUAUGGCAUGCACAUACAGUAUAACACGCCGGCAGACGGCGUAAUCGACUGGGUAGGCGACCGCAUAUCGUAUCGGCGCGUACGGUUUACCAUGGACCAGUUAUCGGACAUGCUCCACGGCGUCGUCGACGAGGCCAGGCUGCUAUUAGCGCAGCUCACGAUGGUCACAGGCGGGGACGAG